CAAUAUUAUUAUUUAAAUUAUUUAUAGUGAAUUAAUUCAAUUAAAACAUAUUAUAAUACCUUCUAAAAACGAAUAUGUCGUCAAUACAAACAGAGCUUGUCUUCGAUGCUGAGAUGGAAGAGAGUUAUAAUGACGAGUUAACGGAAGAAUGUCCUUCUUUAUAUAUUGAAAUGCAAGAAGAAAACAAAAAGCGGGUCUUACACGCACAAGAUCUUUAUAGUCCUGGCAGUGGAGAUAUAUGUACCAAAUAUCUGACGAUGUCGAAAAGCUCAAUUCUUUUGCAUCCUUAUAUUAGUUACCCGGCAAUCUUAGACCCUGGAAUAAUGUCUGCGCUAAAAGAAUCUGAAGAAAAACUAAGUUUUGCUAACGAUGGUCAAGACUUAUAUUUAGAAAUAUGCAAGGAAAUGAAUCAAAGCCCUGUCAAAUCUUUUCAUCGAAGUUUACUUACAAAUACAGUUGAUUUAAGAUUUUAUUGUGUCAAUGCUUUUGGUGUAAGACCGAUGACGAUAUCUUUGCAAUGGAAUAAAACUGUGACAAUUUUAAAUCUUACUGAUAACUUUCUCAAUGAAGACGCUUGUUUUCACCUUGGAGAAAUGUUAAUCUACAAUAAUACUCUUCUUGAACUGGAUUUAACUGGUUGUAGAAUUGGACCUAAUGGUGCGAAACGUAUUUUCUUGGGGCUUUUGAUGAAUAGGGGUUUACGUCUGUUAAAUUUAAAUAGAAAUUUAAUUGGCGAUGUAGGUAUCGAAUAUCUAGCGGAAAAAGUUUCUCUUGGAAUUGAUCUCGAACAUAUUUGUCUGAGUCACAAUAAUAUUACAGGUAGAUCUCUGAACAGCUUAGCAAAAGCUUUCAACAUUUAUAAUAACACAUUUACUCAUGUUGAUUUAUCAUGGAAUAAACUAUUUGCCCCAGAAUGUGGGACUAUUGAUCUACUUAAACAAUUUGGAGAAAAUAAUAGGCUUGAAGAACUAAACUUAUCUUGGAACUCUCUCAAUGGUAGUCGGAUUGGAAACGCUAUGAAAAAUAUAAUCAAAUCGAAGAAUAUACGUGUUUUAAAUCUGAGUCAUAAUAGACUUAGUGGAGAAGCUAUAAAAUAUAUUGUGACUGCACUCAAUAAAGCAAAAAACAUAGUGACAUUAAAUUUAUCAUACAACUCAAUUACAACAGAAGAUGCCUUCAACGUGUUACAAAAAAUUAAAUUGAAGUCAGUGAAGGUGAAAAAUAUUUUAAUGGAUGAUGUAUUCGUUGAUAAUAAAUUUUUGCAGCUUCUCGACGAAGUAAAAAAAUCUAAAGAUUAUAAUAUCGUCGUAACUUAUGGAAGAGUCGUUGGUAGCUAUCAACCUAUAGAGCCUGAUAUGAGAGAUAUAGUUUUAAACCGUGUUGAGUUUCUCACUAAGAGACGGAAAAAGAGUUAUAUUGAUAUAGCUAUUGUUGCUAUGAAUCUUUUAAAAGAAAACUCAGCAAUUAUGACUUCUAAAAACUUUACUGUUGCAAUGUCUAGAGCUGGAGCGUCCUUAGACAAGGAUCUUGUAGAAGAAAUCAUUAACAGUUUUCCUGGACCUAAGUCAGCUAAAUCAAAAACUAUCAAUUUGGAAAAUCUUGUUGAUUUUAUUACAAGAAAGUGGCCCAAUAGAAAUUUGCCUCCAAUUCCACAACCUCCUGAAUAAGAAUGAGCAAUGUGUGUUUUUUUUUCAGAAGAGGAUUAAAGGAGUACAAAGAACAACAAUUCAAAAGCUAUACAAAGCACAUUCAAUAAAAAUAAAUUGUUUUUAUUAGUAAAAUAAUUUCAAGAGUUCGAAAAAUUAUUUCAAAUAAUUGUGCAAACUAGAUUAUCUUCAUAUUUGAAAAAAAUAUAAUAAUUUAUAAUCUCCUAGCAAUAAA